AUGGACGACGGCAACUCCACCGCGCCAGGCCUGCCCUUUCCAUUACCGCUCCCUACCGAACCGGCCCCGCCCGAUCCCAACGCAGAGCGAUGUCAUCUCCUGGGCCCUACGGCACUCGUUGUCCAGGCCCUCAUGGGUGUCAUGGUGAUAACGUCGCUGGUGAUCAAGCGCCAGUUGGAGAAACGGAAACGGAAAUGGAGGGUAUGGCUGUACGACGUCGGCAAGCAGCUGGUGGGCCAGGCAGUCAUCCACGGCCUGAACAUUCUGAUAUCGAGCGUCGUGGCCGAUGCCGGCGACAAGAACCCUUGCUCCCUGUACUUUCUCAACAUUCUCAUCGACACGACAGUUGGCAUUGCCAUUCUCUGGCUCGCACUGCGGUCCUACACCAACCUGUUUAUUAAGCACUACGGCCCGGAAGGGUACACGAGUGGACAGUACGGCCAACCCCCACAGUGGCGAUUCUGGCUCCGCCAACUGCAGCCUUACCUGCUCGCCAUCGUCACAAUGAAACUGGUGGUCCUGCUUCCCCUCACACUGCCGCGCAUCUCGGCCCUCCUCAUCCGAUUCGGGCAAGAGAUACUGUCGUUCCUCAGCGUGGACGUGCAGAUUAUCUUUGUCCUGGCCAUCUUCCCGCUCAUCAUGAACGUGUUCCAGUUCUGCGUCGUGGACCAGGUCAUCAAGGCUGGAAAGCAUGCCGAGGCAAAGACGGAACACCACGACUCGGACUAUGAUGCCGAAGAAGACGUCGAGAGUGACGGCGGAUACCGUCCGGUACCUACGCGUGAGGCCGACAUUGAGGCAUACGGAUUGCCUUCGCCCCGACGACGCGGGAGCAGCCUGCGCGGCUCCAAGCCACCCUCGCGUGCUGGCAGCUUUAUCGGAAGCUCGCCCAACUCGCCGUUGUUCCAGCCAGAGGACAGCCGUCUUCUCAACGCCGACUAUGAGAGCCGCGCAAUCAAGAGCCCCACCUCGGCCCGCUUCACACUCGGCGGCGAGAAUGUGUGGACAGCCGUCGCACGCCAGAGGGACGAGGGUGCUGCUGUAGAAUCGACAUCGACAAGCACAGGGGCAGGGACCGAGCGCGGCAGGCGGUCCGACGCACCGUCCCCCGAGGCGGAUGACCCGUUUGAGGAGGUCGAUGAGCCUCGAGCGCUCGAGCCUGUGGGUGGCGGUCAACCGCCGUUUUCGGCCGUGUCGCGGCUGAGCACCGAGGCCCAGCGGGAUGCACGGCGCGAGUUGAGCCCGCCGAGGCAGAAGCGGCGUGGACGGGAGGACGGUAUCGGUCUGCAUGCGAUCUAG